GGCAUGACAUUUUAACACCAGCACAGGGAAAAAUAAAACAGGCAUUCUGCACACACAGCAAGAGUCCAGACAACAGGACACUUGUUUCAAAAACUGCACAAGAGUUGUCAUUGGAAAAAAGGGCUUUUGGCUCAUGAGAUCAUGAGCAAGUUGAAGCUGCCGCCGUGCACAGCAGGAGAGAAACGCGACCGUGGUUCAGCUCCGUGCUAAAAUGAGACCCUCAACAACAGCCACGCUUGCUGCGUCCCUGCUUUGCGCCGCGAUGGCACUGACUGCAGUUGACGGACAAAUCCUGGCCAACAGUUCUUGCCCUGGCAAUUGGACCGACUCGGGGAACCGUUGUUUCCGCUUACUUCCCAAUACCAUGAUUUGGUCUACAGCUCAGAAACAUUGUCAGCAAAUGGGGGCCAACCUUGCAUCAGUACACAACCAAAGCGACGUAGACUUGAUCCAGCGCUUGGCAGGAACCCAGAACCCUGUGUGGAUCGGAGGCUCAUCUUGCCAACAGACAAAUGUGUGGCUCUGGUGUGACGGAACAAAAAUGGACUUUAGGAACUGGUGCCCAGGUCACCCAAAAGAAGACAUCGCAGAGGAGUGCUGUCUGUAUAUUUCUGCUAAAGAUGGAAAUUGCUGGGAAGAGAAGGCAUGCAACAACUUCCUCCCCUCCGCCUGUGUCAUGAAGCAUACUUAACUGCAGAAGUGCCGUUGAUUGCAGAAAGAAUUGAAAUUCAGACAUUUGUGAAUACAUCAAACUUGUCAACAA